AUGAAGCGCCGCGAUGGAUACAAGAUGCGCUCCGGAGACAGUGCCUUCGUGGACAAGGAGGCUGAGUAUGCCAAGAUGCUGAAUGAGUUGCGGCCGAAAGCGAUUGAAGCCGACCCUUUGGGAAGUUUCCAGUCCAUGGAGACCAUGCUAGGCAAUCAGCGGAUGGAGAUGCACCGCCUGAUCCACGGCUUUCACGACAUGGCCAUGAGGUUCCUAGUGCGGAAGGAGCAAAGCUGGCGGAAGGCAGAGCUGGACAGGCAAGCGGUAGGUGCUGAAUUGGAGGCUUUGAAGAACAGCCCUCUUCGAAGCCAGAGCAAGGCCAGCAACAAGGGCAACAAGGACGGCAGUUCCAACGUGGUCUUGUUGGCCCAGCUCGAACGCUGCCGCGAGCAACUCCUGGAUUCGGAGCGGAGUCUCCGGGACGUGCAGGCGGAGAACUUCGAGCUCAGAGAGCAGUUGGCGGCCAUUCAGGCCGUGGGCGCUGGGUAUGGCAGCAUUCUGAGCCCAACGAGCUCCAAAGAUGUCCGCUGGAUGCCGCCUGCAGAGCCCGAGGUGAGCGACACCAAGGAUUCGGUGGCGCAGUUCCUGGAGAAGUUGGGCUGCACGAGUUCCAACCCAUUGGACCGCUUGGAGCGGGCGCAGAGCAAACUGGAGGCUUGGGCCAAUAGCCACCACCCCAAGCCGGAUCCGGUGCUCGCAGGUCUGGUGGAUUACCAAAACAUGGACCUUCCCAACUUCGUGGAAGAGCCCGAUCCUGCCACGACGGCAGUGGCCGUGGCUGUCCCUGAGCAGGAGGAGACCGAGGCCGUCGAGGAGACCGAGGGCUUCUCCUACGUGCGCUCGGCGAAGAACAAGCGCAAGAGUGUCAAGGGCGGCGGCAGGCAGACCUUCAGCAUGAAAGACAAGGUCCAGGAUAUCUUCGCGGCUCAAAUGAGUACACGGGACAAGUACAAGAAGAGUGGAGUCGCGCAGAAGAUCGUUCGAAGCACUCACUUUGAGAACCUCUGCAUGUUUGUGAUCUUUCUCAACGCCAUUUGGAUUGGGAUCGACAUGAGCUUGAACGACGCGGAGGUCUUGGCCUAUGCUGACGCGCCCUUUGUGGUGGUGGAGAAUCUGUUCUGCUGCUUCUUCUUCUUCGAAAUUCUGGUGCGCUUGCUUGCCUUCGACCGCACGUGGGGUGCCUUCAAAGAUCGCUGGUUCCUGUUUGACUUCGCGCUCGUAGUGCUCAUGGUCACUGAGACGUGGAUCAUGUUCCUCAUCGUUCGCAUCUCCACCGACCCGACACAGACCCAAGAGCAGGCGUUCGAUUCCUCCGUCCUGCGGCUCUUGAAGCUCGUGCGCAUUACGCGGGUGGCGCGGAUUGCUCGCUUGUUGCGGCAGGUGCCCGAGGUGAUGAUUUUGUUGAAGGGCAUCGGUGUGGCAUCACGCUCGGUGAUGUUCACCUGCCUCAUCCUCUUGUGCGUGAUCUAUAUCUUCGCCAUCGCUCUCACGCAGCUCUCGGAAGACACGCCCUUGGGCCAGGCGUACUUCCCCACCUUGGCCGAUGGCAUGUUCUCUCUCCUCUUCCAUGGCUGCUUCUUCCAAGGCCUCCCGGACUUUGCGCGGCUCUGCUUCAAGGAGAACGUCAUGUACGGUUUCUCGCUUCUCUUCUUCGUGGUGCUCGCUCCUUUGACGGUGAUGAACAUGAUUGUGGGUGUUCUAGUGGAAGUCGUGGGCAUCGUGGCAGCUGCGGAGCAAGACGCUGCCACCAAGAAAUCCCUCUUGGAGAGCUUGCGCGAGGCUCUCAACAAGCUGGACUUGCACAUGAUCAACACCAUUACCAAGGCGGAGUUCGGAAAGGUGGUGAACCGACCGGACAUCGUGAGCAUCUUCUUGGAGGCGGGCAUUGACAUCGUCGCACUGCUACGAGAUCCAGACAUUGUCUUCGCUGGGGAUAGUGACAUGAACCUGGAGGAGUUUUUGGAGGAGAUUAUCACUUUGCGUGGGGCCAAUGUCGCCACUGUGAAGGAUCUGGGACAGCUGAAGGAUUCUACGGGAAUUGAAGCAACGGCGCGGCAAUCGCUGGUGAGCUGGGAGCUGGGAGCGGAGCUGCUUUCGCGUUUCCCCUUGCUGAAGCUGAAGAAAGCUGGGCUUGGCCAUGCCUGCGCCUGGGCCCCUGGGCCCCUGGGAUGCGUGGACGGCGCGUGUUGGCACCAGGAAGAGGAGAAGCGGAGAGAAGAUGCCUUCCAGGGAGGCGUGACGCAUCUCAUCUCUGCCCAGCAACGUGUCCACAGGCUGCGGCUGCGGCUACCGGGCGAGGAGGGCGACCGGAGGGGCUUGACGCUGCUGGUGGAGGAGCUGCAUCAACGACUGCAGGUGCUUGAGACUGCCAGCCAGAGGUAUGGCGAACGCCUGAAGAAGCAUCUCGAGCAGCUCAAAGGUGAAAGGUGCAAAAACUCGAAUGUCGCCGUGGAUGACCUGGGCAAAGAGGUCCUCAGCGCUGAGAAGAGGCGUGCUGCCACCCUGAAGGCACUCACCAGGGAAGUGCAGCAACGCACGGCGGAAUACGAGGACACGAGGCUUGAGCAGCAGACACCCAAGGUGGAUGACGAAGUCAUCAGCGAGCUCUAUCCCGAGAACGAUGCGGACGAGGACAAUGCUGAGACCAAUGCUCCUGCACCCGAACAUGCUGAGAAGGAGCAGCUCGAAGCUCAGGCUGCGGAGAAUCUGACAGAUGUUCAGAAGGAGAACCACACGACGAACCGCACCGCUCAGGAGGCAGUGCAGAAGGAGCUGAAGGCUGUGCAGCUCGUAGGCUCUUCCAAGUCGAUCGGAGAUGAGCAGGUGUUCAACGAGUCCAACACCUCCAAUGCCUCGGAGGUGCUGAACAGCUCCAAUGACACAGAGGUGAAUGACACGAACGAAUCCAAUUUCUCAGCGGCCGUGUUCGAGCAGGCGCAUGCGUUGGUGAAUGUGUCCGCUGUCUCGGAAGCCUCGGAGGACUAUCAUCAGCAGGUGCAUCACUUCGCCACACGGUUCACCCUCGGUUCGCCCUUGGUGGUUUGCUUCCGAACGUUCAGCUCAUGGGCGAACUGGAUCGAUGCGGUUCUCAGAACGUCAAGGACGCUACCCUCUCCAACAACCCCUUGCGCUUCACCCUGA